AUGGCGGGCAUGUCUGAGGAGGACUAUGGCGCCACCGACGUGUCCCUCGCCGACGUGUCCACCGCUGGUAAUGGUAAACAGCGCAAAGGGCCGCGAUUCAGCUGGACGCCCGCGUACGAGGCCACCUUUUUCCGUUCGCUUUGUGAGUCGGUACAGCUUGGCCUCAAGGACAAUCACAGUUUCAAGGCUGAGGCCUGGGACCGUGCCGCUACCGCGCUGCAAAAACAGCACGGCGCAUACCCUAAUAAGGGCCAUCUCAUCAACAAAUCGGACAAUGCGCGAAAGAAGUUUCGCCUGUGGAGAGGGCUGCGCGAGGACCCUGACUUUCUCUACAACCCUUCAACGCGCCAGGUCACGGGCACCGAUGAGGCAUGGAGGUUGCACAUAGAGAAAGAGCCUCUCUCGCGGUCUCUGAAGGGCAGACCUUUCGAUCACGAGGAAUACAUGGAGAUUCUGUUUCCAGACGUUAUUGGUUCAGGAGGAGCACCCAAGCGCAUCACAAAGCAGAGAAGGAAAGAUACGAGCGGCUUGCAACAGCUGGACGAUCCAGAUCUUUCGCUCGCGGAGACAGCCAACAACAAUCUCCUAGAUAUGCUGGGCGAUACCAGCUUUGCAGCCCCCACGCAGCACAGCCUGGUCGGCUCGUCACUCGGUUUCCCGACGUCAGCCAUCACGCAGCAGUCUCAGCAUCAGUCUCAGCAUCAGUCGCCACUGCCGCCGCCGCCGCCGCCGCCGCAGCAACUUCAAUCCCCGCUACCACCACAGCAGCAGCUUCAGCAACAUCAACAGCAGCCUCCGCAGCGGUCCAUGCCGUCCCCCGCGAUCAACUCGAGAGCAUCAAUUGCUUCUGCGAGUGCUCUCACGCCACCAGAUGAGAACCCCACCCCUGCCGCCAAAACCACCCGCAAGCGCUACCCCGCCGACCAGCCGUCGGCCCCGGCUGACAAACGCCGCCGCACAACCGCACCGAAUGCCUUUGUCGAUCUGUCACACCCAGCGCAGGUUGCGCAGGCCGGCGGCGGCGUCAUGGCGCGGCCCCCGACGACAACAACAACUACGACACAGCAAGCACCACACGGCAUACCAGCGACAAUCGCGGAGGACCUAUUACUACAGCUAUCCGAGAACGUCAAGCAGUCUCGUCCGCUCCGGUGGCCAGAGCAGGCUAUGGAAAUGUUCUUCCGCGAGUUUUGCAACGAAGACAUGGAUCUCCAGGUCAAGAUCGCCGAGAAGGUGCUUACAGACCCGAGCAAGGCCAUGGUUUUUUGCAAGAUGCCGCCAGAGGUGCGGAGUCAUUGGGUUGGCAGGCUGCGUGACAUACAUUUUCGCGCCGGACCUGGGGUGUAG